GAUAUUUAAAAAUUUGUGGCCAAUUGCCGUGUGGUCAGUUGACUGUGUUCAGUUGCACCCAUCCCCAAUAAAUGUCUCACAAAUCAAGUAUUCCAUUCAUUUUUAAUAAUUUUUAGUUGUUAUAUCGUUUAGAGUAAAUUUUAAUAAAAUGGCUGAUAUGAGUCUCGACGAUAUAAUUAAGAAAAAGAAGCCACAGGGAAAGAUAGGCCUGAGAGGACGAGGCGGCAUUCAAAAAGGUCCACUACGCCCAAAUGUCCGACCUAGCCAACCGUCUCACAGAACAAAACCAAUAGCAGACGCUCGUUUCAAGAUAAUCCAAAAGAAUCGUGAAAAAUUAACGGAUGCUCGAGACAAACUUGCACAAAUCGCAAAGCAAUCAGACGCUCGUCUGAAGUUGGAAAAACUUCGUGCAACACAUAAAACCCUGGCAAUGAUGCCGACAAUCUCUCGUAAGACGGGUCGCAAUGGAAAAAUAUCUCUCUCCACUAACAGAAAUCCUCCCUUGAUCCCCUCAUACGAUUCCCAACUUCCCUACAAUCCACCUCCCAGGGUUGUUGGAUACAGAGGUAGCCUUGGAGAGUCCUCCUACAUAGACCAAAAAGACAAUUACAUCGUUGAUGCAUCAUUGAGACGAACUGUAAGCAAUGAAUAUGCACCUGGACUGCCUCCACCCCCUCCUGUAUUUGGUAUCAAGCCCUCUGUUGGUUAUUCCUGGCCAAAGAGUUCGCAGAGGUCAACGACAAUCAGAAAAGCUGAGGUGGCACGACCGAGGGAGUAUAAAAUUAUUCCCAGGAUUCCAAUGGGACAGAAAAUCGAUAGCCAUCGCGAUGACUGGAGCUUUGGGGGUAAAACCAGGACAAUUUUAGCUGAAGAGCAUGAGGAGAAAUAUUUUGAUGCGAGGAGUCACCGGGAUGUUGGGGUGAAGUCCAGGCUGGAGGGCAGUGGAACGAAAUCAAGAACUUUGGGGGUUCUCGUAAGAGCUAAGAGCAGCUCUUCUGGUGUUUCUGGCCAACCCACUGGGUACAGGAUCGUUGUCUCGAAUCUGCAAGCUAAUGUUACCCAGGAAGACAUCAAGGAGUUGUUUGAAGAUGUUGGGGAGUUAUUGGUAUCGAGGCUCGUUAGGCCUGGAACUGCUGAGGUGAUUUAUAAGACACUGAAAGAUGCCACCAAAGCUGUGGAGACUUAUCAUAAUAGGCAGCUGGAUGGACAUCCUAUGAAGUGUUUAUUGGUUAAUCCUAGACCGAAGAAUAAUCCCACCGCACCUGCUGUCAGAUCACUCACUGAAUCCAGACGAACCGCAAGCUCUAGUUAUGUUCAACCCAGCCUCGGAGCAGUCCAUCGUGCUCUUUUUGACGACUGCCACAAUUGAAUAAUCCGUAUCAUCAUCAGCUUCUACGUUUUGCCUCACCACGAUCAAUUAUUAUCAACCAUUUCACUGAAUUGUCAUUUCAAAAUUGAGAAAUUUUUUUUUCAUUUGAAUUUAAACGAAUGAGAUAUUAAUCUGAUUUAAACACUUUCCGAUUCAGUGUUCAUUUUUGUAAGUAAAGAAACAUCUGGUAAAUUCACAAUAUUUUGGUAUGAAAAAAAUUCUCAUGCUGGAUAACGCAAUGAAAAUAAAUUUCCUGAACAAAAACAUUUAAU